AUGAAUCAAGCGAAACGUGUCAGAGACCUCUCCGGCUUCAUGCGGUGAGUGCAGAAAGACGAAAGGUUGUUGCACUUUCUAAACGCCUUGGUCUACAUAAGUUCACCAUUUUCUUCUGCUUUUCCUAUCACAGAUUCUUCCUAUCGCUUCUCCUGCUCGCUCAAGUCGCCCUGACCCUUGGGGAUGUCGUCAGCCUGCAAGAGAAUCUGGCGGUUAGGACACCCAACGGCGGCAAACAACAGCCGUUCCAUGGCAAGUGUCAGUCCUACGAUGCCUACAGGUGCCGGUACUGUGGUGUGAAGAACCGGUUCAGGGAGUGUGAGGCUUGUCUCCUGACAGAUGAGCUGCGCUGCUGUCUGCCAGCCUACAAAAGCCACGAGUGGCGCAAGACGGAGGCUCAGAUGCAUUGCAGGCAGUGGACGGCAUAG